AUUGACAGCUACAGAUUAAAGAUGGCGCCCUCUCAUGCACUGAGGUGCUGCAAACGGGCUCUGAACUGGAUACCUGUCCUUUUUAUUAACCUGGUUGUCGGCUGGUCUUAUUACGCUUAUGUUGUGGAGCUCUGUGUCUAUACAAUUCCAAAUAAUCCAGAACGGAUCAGCUAUUUGAUCCUCUUUCACAUUUUCUUCACCAUGUUCAUAUGGUCCUACUGGAAAACGAUCUGCUCCAAACCAGAAAGCCCCUCAAAAGUGUUUUGUUUGCCCAGAGCAGAGAAGGAACUGUUUGAGAGAGAGGAGCGAGCCGAGACGCAACAAGAGAUUCUGAAGAAAGUGGCGAAGAAUUUACCCAUUUAUACCCGCACAGCAGGAGGAGCCGUCCGUUACUGCGACCACUGCCAGGUGAUCAAACCUGACCGCUGCCAUCACUGCUCAACCUGUGAGAUGUGUGUGCUGAAAAUGGACCAUCACUGCCCCUGGGUGAAUAACUGUGUGGGAUUCUCAAACUACAAAUACUUUGUGUUGUUCUUGACCUACGCCGCACUCUACUGUGUGGUGAUUUGUGCUACAGUCAUCCAGUAUUUCCUCAAAUUCUGGACAAAAGUGCUGCCGGACACGCAUGCCAAAUUCCACGUCUUGUUUCUGUUUUUCGUGGCUGCCCUGUUCUUUGUCAGCGUCCUGUCACUACUGGGCUACCAUCUGUGGCUCGUGGGAAAGAACAGGACGACUAUAGAGGCGUUUCGGGCUCCUGUGUUCGCAAACGGUCCAGAUAAAAACGGGUUUUCUCUCGGCUUUAAGCGAAAUGCAGCUGAGGUAUUUGGAGACCAAGGGAAGUACUGGAUGUUUCCUGUUUCCUCAAAUCUGGGAGAUGGACAUUCCUUUGUUACCAGAUUGGUACAAAACAUAGAUCCUGAAAGAGCCAACGGUGUCCUUCAGCAAAAUGGCAAAAGCCCUGCCGAUGGGAAGCCCGACCCUUGUGUCCAUGGUAACAAUAUACAACACACAGCAGACGACAGCAAAGAGAACAUAGAGGGAGGACAGACAGACUCUGUAAAAGUGGAGAAUGAGCAAUAGCAGGUACAUCAGCAAACCAUGGUGCCUUAAACCAGGAGCAUCAGCCCCUCUACAGGAGCCGUCCUCCACCUUCAUCUUGAGUACAAACCUCAAGCCACUUGUUUUGCACAUACAUUUAUUUGACCAGCGUGUUUUGAGCCAGCACCGCAAGAAUACUGUUAUCAUAUCAACAGGGACCUCGUAGAUGGGAGCAGAUGUGAUUCGUCUUUGUUUUGAGCCAAAGACAUUCAAAUAAUGUUUUGUCAUUAUUGCGUAUGAAAAAAUAACGGACUUCUUUUUUCCAUCUUGAGCCAAUUGAAUGUCUGUCGAUAUGUACAUUAAUCCCAUUAUACAUUCCUAAUAGAGAAUCAUUCUCUGUCAGUAUUAAUCAAGCUUUAAUAA